AUGCUUGCCGCACUGCGCAAGGCAGCCCGCGGUCUCGGGGUGCCGGGGCCAGCUGACGAGCCCAAGGAUGGGCACCGCCAGAAGAUCCUUGCGACGCUCAAGCACUAUGAGAAUGCACUUGCAUCGGCUGCGUCGCCCGAGGAGGCCAAGGCCGCUCAGGACCGCCUCAUGGCCACGUGGCGCCGCCUCGCGCUCGCGCCCGGCGGGUUUCUCACGCGGGAGCUGCGCAAGCGCAUUUGGCCGAUCCUCUUGGGCUUCACGCCCGAGUCGCUCGAAACGUUCUUCGUCGACCACCGCCUCAAGCCACAAGUGCCGGGGUACCGCCACCGCGCCCACCCGGACGACGACCAGGUGCAGCGCGACGUCGAUCGGUCGCUCAACCCCGACAUGUGGCACGACGCGUCGACGCUGCACAACCGGCGAAAGCGGCGCAAGUCGCUCUACUCGCUCGUCCACGCCGUGCUCUGCAGCGCCGAAGCGGACAACGUCGAGCUGCAUUACUACCAAGGCUUCCACGACGUCGCGGCGGUCUUUCUCUUGACGACAGGCGUGCAUGCAGCGACGCCACUGCUGGUGCGCGCAAGUGCCACGUACUUUCAAGAGCCAAUGCGCACCAACUUUGACUCGGUGCUCGCGAUCUUCAGCGUCCUCUACCCGCUACUGCAGACGCAGGACACGGAGCUGUACGGGCACAUUAUGGCGUCCGGGGUGGACCCGUACUUUGCACUGCCAUGGGUCAUUACGUGGUUUGCACACCAUGUCAAGGCCUUCGACGACGUGUGCCGCCUGUACGACAUCCUGCUCUGCUCGCACCCGCUCUUCUCCAUGUACCUCUCGGCCGCGCUCGUCUUGCACCACCGCGCGCGCCUCCUACAGUGUCCUUGUGACUACGCCGAGAUGCACUCGGUCCUCUCCAAGCUCGUCCACAGCAUGCCGAUCGAAGGCAUUGUCGUGCCGCCAACCCAGCUCCUCGAGAUGAGCCGCCUCGCGAACGGCGACAAGAUCCCGCAGAGCUGCUAUACGACGUACCCGUUUCCGCAUCAAUCGGCUGUCACGGAGAUGCCGACUGCGCCCACGCCGUGGCUGGAGGCGUUGGCACCUCGCCAUAUGCAGCUUGCCCUCGCGUCCAUGGCGCUAGCUGUGCUCGCGUCCGUGCUCGCCAUGCCCCUCUUGGACCAGCUAUGA